AUGCUAUCAGACCUACACUCCGUCGCUACCCUCUCCGCCGCCGACUUCUCCGCCUUUGCCGAUUCCGCCCCGCUCGAGCGCUGCCCAAGAACAGCGUCGCCAGAUGUCGCCGGCACCACUAGCCAGCUGAGGCGGCGUCCCUCGAGCCUGCAGCUCGAGCGAUGUGCCGCCGCGACCGCACCGCGAUAUGUCGUCCCCUACCUCGGCAAACACUACGAAGCAUACCCAGAUACAUUCUCCACAGCAGCGUCGCCCAGCAUCGUCUCGUCGGCCGAGUACGACGACGACGACGAAGACGACAAUAAGCACAACGAGGAAGGCAUCAUCUGGUUUGGCCGCCGCGAGCCCCCGUCCGUCGAGCGCGUUGCGCUCUUCUGGGCAUGGGUCGGCCGCGGCAUCGCUGCAAAUAUCACCACCGAGCGCACCGGCACAAGUCGUAAGCGCAGCGGCGCCGUCACAUUUUGGUCUCGUGUGAUCAGUCUGCGACGGUUCCUGCGGACGAGCAAGUCAAGCAAGUAG